AUGGCCAGUGAUUCGGGGUCAAUGAUUAGCGCUCAAGCUGGUGGACACGAGGUAGCCAAUAUCUGUACAAUCCUUGGAAAGUGGCGCAACGAUGACCGGAGUGGCUGGGUUAAUUUUGGGUUCAGAAAAAGUGAGACAAAAUGUUUGAUUGACUUUGUUGUUCACGAAGGCAGGCUGAAGAAAGCGUUCGCGACUGUCAGUAAUGUUUACAAGCCGUGCGCAGCGGAAGUCCUUUCACCUUGUUUCACGCCCGGACGCACUGCCUCAGGACAGGGGCCUAGCCCAUAUUCUCGCUUUCCCCGUGUUGCGAGGCCCCCACUCAUUCCCCCUUUCCUGGCACUCACUCACUCAUCUCCCCCGUCUAUCCCGCCACGAAAGCCGGAAGAGGCUGACUUAAGUGUCCCCUCCUAUCCCUUCUCUGUGAAAGGCACGCAAUUCCGCUUGAUGUGGGCUCUACCAUGCUUUCUGGAGCGGAAACACUGUAUGGCUGAGGUGCUAGAGCAGACCACCAACAUGCCUCAAGAUAGACCCUCGCCCAGCUGGUACCACAAGGAGAAGACUUACAUCAAUGGGAACAAUCGACAAGAGAGAAGUUGUGGACCUCUACCAGCCAACGCGAACUUAGGGCUACCCAGUUGCUCGCCCAUACUAGAGGCAAUCAUCUGGCCCGUAUGUGCUUUUCCAAUGCUGGGGAGCACCAGGCACGAUCCAGCCACUGUCAAGAGUCCGCUCAUCUGCGGUGCCACCGGUCCGACAGAUGAUCCAUCGGCGAGAGUGGUGAUCUGUGCAGAUCUUGCUCGGUAGGGAGGUAUGUCAUCUACCCAUAAUAAACGUGAAUGUUAACAGUACAAUCGAUGCCUGGGAUAACAGAGACUCGCUACAUCACCGAAGAACCACACCCUCAGCCGCGAUAACCCUACCAUGACAUCCCAGAAGCCUACUCACUCGUCGGCGACAGUGCUCUUGAAUGUCUGUGACACCGGGAUCCUUCACCAGUAGGGG